GGCCAGGAUGAAAGUGACCGUGUGCUUUGGCAGGACCGGCAUCGUGGUGCCCUGCAAGGAGGGCCAGCUGUGCGUCCGGGAGCUCACGCAGCAGGCGCUGCAGCGCUACCUGAAGACCCGCGAGAAGGAUCCUGGUUACUGGGUGAAGAUUCAUCACUUAGAAUACACAGAUGGUGGAAUCCUGGAUCCAGAUGAUGUCUUGGCAGAUGUUGUUGAAGACAAAGAUAAGCUGAUUGCUGUGUUUGACGAGCAAGAACCACUUCACAAGAUUGAGAGCCCCAGUGGAAACCUGGCAGAUCGGCAGAGCCCACAGGCUUUGGAGAGGGAAGUGGCCGCCCAACUGGCUUCAUUUAAACCAACUGGUGGGGAAAUCGAAGUAACCCCUUCUGCUCUGAACUCAGCACACUCCAGUGGCCAGAGUUUGAAACUUGUUGUUCCAGACAUAAAAGACGGAGAAGUUAUGAACGGUGAACAGACGGAAUUCGUGACAUCGCCAAAAAUUAAGGAUGCAUUGAGGGAUAUGACAAGAACAGUGGAGAUUUCUGGGGAAGGAGGCCCCUUGGGGAUACAUGUAGUGCCCUUCUUUUCAUCUCUAAGUGGAAGGAUUCUAGGACUCUUCAUCCGAGGCAUUGAAGAAAACAGCAGGUCCAAGAGGGAGGGGCUGUUUCAUGAAAAUGAAUGCAUUGUGAAAAUCAACAACGUGGAUCUCGUAGACAAAACCUUUACUCAGGCUCAAGAUGUUUUCCGUCAAGCAAUGAAAUCCCCAAGUGUACUUCUCCAUGUACUUUCCCCCCCAGACCGCGAAGACUAUGAAAAAUCUGUCAUUGGGGCCCUUAACAUUUUUGGUAACAGUGAUGGCAUUUUGAGAACAAAGCCCUCUGUCCCCGGAAAAUCAGAAAUGAAGGCAGUCAGUCUGAUAGGAACAAAUAGCCCAGAGGUAGAAGCAUCAACUUUCCUGCAACAAGCCAGGAGCCCCCGGAUACCAAGACAAGGAAGACACCCAUCCUCGCCCUCUCUCUCCCCUCUCAUGGGGUUUGGCAGCAAGAAAAAUGCAAAGAGAAUUAAGAUUGACCUAAAGAAAGGUCCCGAAGGGCUUGGGUUCACUGUGGUUACCAGAGACUCCUCCAUCCACGGUCCUGGACCUAUUUUUGUGAAAAACAUUUUACCAAAGGGAGCAGCUAUAAAAGAUGGCCGCCUGCAAUCAGGGGACAGAAUUCUAGAGGUCAAUGGCAGAGAUGUCACUGGAAGAACUCAGGAGGAGCUCGUGGCCAUGCUGAGGAGCACCAAGCAAGGCGAGACGGCAGCACUGGUCAUUGCCCGCCACGAAGGACACCAUCUUCCUCGAGAGCUGAAAGGAGAACCUGACUGCUGCGUUCUGUCCCUGGAGACCACAGAGCCGCUCACCUUCGAAAUUCCCCUGAAUGACUCUGGUUCCGCGGGGCUUGGCGUGAGCUUGAAAGGGAACAAGUCCCGAGAAAGUGGAACAGACUUGGGGAUUUUCAUCAAAUCCGUCAUCCAUGGAGGUGCUGCUUUUAAGGACGGCCGUCUGCGAGUGAAUGACCAGCUGAUUGCAGUGAAUGGGGAAUCUCUUUUGGGAAAGUCCAACCACGAAGCGAUGGAAACACUUAGGCGAUCGAUGUCCAUGGAAGGAAACAUACGAGGGAUGAUCCAGUUGGUGAUUCUGAGGAGGCCGGAGAGACCCGCAGAGGAGGUCGCAGAAUGUGGGGCGUUUUCCAAGCCAUGCCUUGAGAACUGUCAAAACCCUGUAGCCACCUCCAGGAGAAAUGAAAAUAGCUCCCUGCGUCCAUUUGGCACUUCCAGUCCACAAGACAAAUGGCAAGAGCGAUUGCUUCACGGGGAGAGAUGGACCGAGAGUGAAGUCCCACCUUCUCCACCGCCACAUCCCAAUCUGGAAUUGGGCCUUGAAGACUACAGCCACAGCUCUGGAGUGGAUUCGGCAGUAUGUUUUCCAGACCAGCACAUCAACUGCAGAUCUGCGACACCGGCCAGGCAGCCUGAAUCAAUUAAUCUGAAAGCCUCUAAGAGCAUGGACCUUGUGCCAGAUGAAAGCAAUGUCUAUUCAUUGGCUGCACAAAAAUCAGAAGCCCCAGGCAAAGAUUUUGGUCCCACUCUGGGCUUGAAGAAAUCCAGUUCCUUGGAAAGCCUGCAGACGGCUGUGGCUGAAGUCACAAAGAAUGAGCUGCCCUUCCACAGGCCCCGCCCGCACAUGGUCCGAGGCCGAGGCUGCAACGAGAGCUUCCGAGCAGCCAUUGACAAAUCCUACGAUGGCCCAGAAGAAUUCGGAAACGAUGGUCUGUCUGAUAAGAGCUCCUACUCCGGUCAAGGAACUCUGCAUUGUGAAUCUGCCCCUCCGGGGAACUCAGAGCUGGAGGACACGGAAAAUAAAGCAAGGAAAAUAAAAAAAUCCAAAGAGAAGGAGAAGAAGAAGGAAAAGGGCAAGUUGAAGGUCAAGGAGAAAAAGCAAAAGGAGGAAACGGAAGAAGCGGAGAGGAAAGUCAAGAGGAAGGGAUUUGGCGCUAUGCUGAGAUUUCGGAAGAAGCGAGAGGACAAGGACGGGAAGGCUGAGCAGAAAGGCGCCCUGAAGCAGGAGGAGCUGCAGAAAACGCAGGACGAGCGGGAGAGGAUCGGAGCAAAACAUCAGGAGCUAAGAGAAAAGCAGGCCAGAGGGCUCGUCGAUUACACGACCGCUGCAGGUGGUUCCAUCCACGAUAUGGACGAUGAUGAAAUGGACCCCAAUUACGCCAGAGUGAACCACUUCCGGGAGCCGUGUGCGGCAGCCAGCGUCUACAGGUCUCCAUCUCCUCCUCGUCCAGUACCACUUGGCUACCCUCGGAAUGGCCGUCCGUUGUCUCCCGAGAGAGACCACUUGGAGAGUCUCUAUGCCAAGGUCAACAAGCCCUACCCUCCGCCGGUGCCAGCUGACAGUGGCCGUCCGCCAGGUGGAAGCUCUGACCGCAUCCAGAAGUUGAGGAAGGAGUAUUAUCAGGCUCGAAGGGAAGGUUUUUCUUUAUAUGAAGAUGACGAAGGAAGACCCAGGCCUUCUGAUUAUGACCUUCACUGGGUGCCUGGAAAGGGUCCAGAUGGAAAUGCACAUCACCUCCGCUUUGAAGGGAUGGAGAGACAGUAUGCCUCCUUACCCAGGGGAGGACCUGUAGACUACCUGACAGCCGGACCUCGAGGGCUCUACAAGGAGAGGGAGCUUCCAUAUUACCCAGGGGCUCAUCCUGCACAUCCGCCCAAAGGGGGGUAUCCCCGCCCCCCGGAUCUGAGGGUGGCAGACCUUCGGUAUCCUCAGUACUACCCACCACCACCAGCCCCCCAGCACAAAGGACCCUUCCGGCAAGAUGUUCCACCUUCCCCUCCUCAGCACCACAGAGCCCCAGCCUACCAGGAAGUGGGCAGAGCAGGGCCCCGUGGGGGCAGCCCAGACCAGUACCCCUACCAAACCCAGGAUCCUCGGCAGAAGAACCCCGUGACUGCGGCUGUGUAAUUGAGCGCCACCCAGAUCAGUCCAGAAAGGAAGGCGUCUACCAGGCCCUGUGCCCUGCCCAGACCUUAGGACCUUCUUGCCGUUCAGUCUUCUCCAGGGUCAUCUGGGACAGCUCAGACUUUUCUCACUGAGGCGACAACCCAUAAGGCGAGUCUGAGGGGCGAGGAAGAAGCAGGUCUUUUUAGAGAAAGAAAACUCAGAAGGAAGAGGAAGGCACUGUUAACAACGUCCGUCUGUCUGAGAUGCUUUUAAGAUUAUUAAGUUCAGUGAGAGAAGCUACCGAAUAAGCAAAUCUCAAUGGAGAUAGACUAUAUGCUACCUCCCUGGCUCGUUGGCCUGUGUACCCUUGUACACGGUAUACCCUUGUGCAUGCAUGCGUGUGCACACACACAGAUGCAUGCAAACCACAGAAGUGGCAGGGCUUUCUCAGCCAGGGGUGGUUAUCUCUUCAGAGGCUAAGCCUCAGCCACCCUGGUGGAGUUGUUAAGUCGGAAGAGUGGCAGAGAGCCUGCGAACGUAGGGUCUCUGAAGUGAAUGGUCUUCAUUGAAAACAAAACAAAACUGCAGCAAGCAUGACUAGUCACCUUGACCCGUGUUUACCUGGAGGAAGGCUACGCUUCUCUAAUAGUAGACACUCUGGGAUUUCUAGUAAACGUUCCUUGGUUCAUCACUUUCAGCAUAAAAGUCAGGAAAAUGCAAGUCUAGUGUUAGGUCUUGG